UAAGUUUUUAUUUGGGAAAGAAUGACAGAGAAGACAAAAGGAUGAAGAUGAGACUCGUGCAGUUGGCAGCGUGUUGGGCUGUGAGCGCGUGCGGGGAGCAGGUCAGUGGCAGGAGCAGCAGGUGAAAAGUGUGAAAGUGUUGGGCCGGUCGUUACCUCCCUGUCUUGCACCCAGACGCAGUUUGUUCAGCUGUUCUCGUCACCUGUCAGGCUGAGUGGUUCGUGUUCUAUUCUGCAGUUGUUGUCGUCACAGUUUGCACAUUCUCACCUUCACCCCCGGUGCUACACUCCGCCAGCUGCUCACCCAGGAGCUGUGACGCCACGCGCAGCCUUUCUUCGCAGUAACAACAGCAGCUGUAGCAGCAGCAGCCAGAGGAAUGUAACUGGUGGUGCUGAUGGUGUUGCUGCUUGUGUAGAUGUUGGUGCUGCUGACACGGCUGGUGUUGUUACUGAUGCGGAUGAUGGUGGCGCUGGUGUAGAUGGGUGUUGCUAAUACAGAGGUGCUACAGAUGUCGAUGAUGCUUCUGGCAGUGGUCUGACUGGUGUGGAUGUUGCUACUGGUGGUGUAGAUGGUGGUGUUUUCGGUACAGCUGGUGGUUCUACUUGUGGUGGUGGUGGUGAUGAUGCUACUGGUGUAGAGGUAGUGUUACUGUGUAACUGGUGGUGUAACUGGUGCUACUGAUGUGCAUGCAGUGUUACUGGUGUAACUGGUGGUGCUACUGGUGUAGAUGGUGCUGCAGCUGUGAUCGUCAUCGUCAUUGGCCCGAGGGGGAGGGGAAGAGGUGUGGGGCGAUAACUGCUUAUCUCUGCCUUGUCCCGCCAACGAAGUUGCGGCUCCUGGGACGAGCAAGCUCCAAGGUGAGAGCUGGAGAGGCGGAGACGGGAUGGAGGGGGGAGAGAUGGGAGAGGUGGGGGGCGUGUUGCACCCAGUGACCCCGGCCCACCGCUGGAGCUAUAAAAAUGCGGAAGACUGCGGACGCAUCCCAGCCUCGCCAGAGCCAGGCUCUCGCCCGCUUCACGGCGUCAGUCUGUGGUCACAGUCGCUGGAGGGGGGUGCUGCUGACGUCAGUGCACUCUCCACUCUGACAGACGAGGGCCGGAGACUGGCACCGGAGCCGCGCUGCAAGCUUACACACCGCGUCACUCGGGAGGAUCAAAGCCUUCUGGCCGCCACGCCGCCGUGUCACAGAGCGGGAUACACCAAGGGUCAGAGCCACGGCGGACAGUCGCCCACACAACGGUCACUCGCCAUCAGGAGGGCGCGGACAGCCGGCCAGUGACGUGCUGCCAGACUCGGCCUGCAUCAAGAUGCCGCAGUUCCUGGAGCUGAAGGACAAGUUCGGCAACUCCCUUUUUUUCGGGAAUGGAGGCGACGUGCGCCUGGCCGCCACACCUCUCAUCGCCGACUUCCGCAAGCAGCUGAAAGACGUGCAGGAGCUGUACCUGCGGCACGAUGACGUCAUCAUUACCGGCUACCCCAAGUCAGGCAAUCACUGGCAUCAGCAAAUUAUCAGGAUGCUGAUUCAGAACUCCACGGAGUACACACCCAACACCUUCACCACGGAUGUGCUGGAGUAUAUCCCAGAAUCCUUCAGGCCACCCGCCACUCAGCCGCGCGUCUUCUUUUCCCACCUGCUCUUCCGCCACUUGCCGCGCCAGGUGACAGAAAAGAAGGUGAAGGUUGUUUACCUGACGAGGAACCCGAAGGACACCUUCGUGUCCAUGUACGCCCAGCUGUCCAGCAUGUCCAACGAGAUGGGCUACGCCGGCACGUGGGACCAGUUCUUCCAGGUCAUGCUGGAGUGGGGAUUCUGGCAUGGAAACUACUUCGACCAUUUGCUGGACUGGGAAAAGGAGAUCGAAGCCCAUCCUGAUCACCCUGUCUUCGUGUCAUCAUUUGAGGACAUGAAAAGGGAUCCCGUGGGACAGAUUGAAAAGCUGAACGACUUUCUGGACCUGGGACGGUCCCCCCAGCUGUGCGCGCGCAUCGCAUCCGUGUGCAACAUCGCCAGCAUGCGGGAGAAGGAGGAGGUGCAGGUGCAAGCGCUCCGCCAGGUGUACGACGCUGCCGCACCUGUCAUCUACCGCAAAGGUGAGAUCGGCGACUGGAAGAAUUGGUUCACGCCGGAGCAGAACGAACAGUUCGACGAAGUGUACCGGAAACGCAUGAGCGAAAGCAAGCGAACCUUGAUCUUCGAAUGACAGGGUGUGUCACGUGGCCACGCCCCGCACUAGCAUCUUCAUCCUGUCUCCAAAAUGUCUGCCGCCCCUGUGUCACGUGACUCGCAGACCCGGUACUCGAUUCUACCUGUUGGUGGUCACGAGUCUUCCUCCACUACAGGUACUGCGACAAGAUGUGGAGAAGCUCCUACCACAUGAAACCUGUUUUGUUUUUGUUUGUUUGGUUGGUUUUUUUUUCUUCCUGGUCUCCUCGUCAUGUUUACUCGCUUCGCACCAUCCUGAGCAUGCAGGACACAUGCGGACAGACAGACUCAGUAUGCCAAGUGUUCCCAGGUUACUACACAUCUUCCGGCAGCCAUGGAAGGAAGGACAGCCACGUCACGGUGCUUGAACAGAGGUAUCGGGUAGAUUCCCCUAAACACAGGGACUUGUGUGAUGUUCAUGAACUGAUCCGAGUGAUACGGAUGUUUUAGUUUGGUUUAUUGUUUUCGUGAAGGGUUGCUUUUUGUUUGAUUGUUUGUUUGUUUGUUUGUUUUGUUUGUUUGUUUGUUUGUUUGUUUGUUUGUUUGUUUGUUUGUUUGUUUGUUUGUUUGUUUUGCUGUUGUUUUGGUUUUUGUGGGAGGUUUUUGGAAGGGACAGGUGUUUGUGGUUGGUGUUUUUUUUAAGGAAGGGGAUGUGUUUGUGAGUGUUUAGGGGUUUUGGCACCGGUUAGAAUGAGGUCCAGAAGGUAAGACGGAUGACGUCACGUGCCUCCCAGCCUCCGAGUAACGGUCUUCUUCCUCCAAAGUUUCCUUUACCUGUCAUGAAUAAAUGUUUCUACAUUUCAAAGUGUGCAAAGAGUGUGGGUGUGAGGGGGGCGUGGAUGACAUAUUAACACCUGCACAGAUACACGGCGAUGAGUAAGGCUUUACAGAGUGUUUUACUCACGCUCACUAUGAUGCGAAUCGGAGAUGUUACUAGUUGUUAUCCUGCGUCUUGUGGGUAUUGUUGUUGUUGUUGUUUUGUUUUUGUUUUUGUUUUGAGGCUCAAGUAUUCUCUCAGCCUGCUUCAUCAGCUCUCCGUAGCGCCAGUACAAUGAGCAACAGUAAUUAUCUCCCUUCUUUGCACGUCCCCCUCCCCCUUCCGCUGCUGUUACUUGGCAACGGGCUGGGGGACUGGUGUACAGUGAUGACCGCGGACAAGAGACGAACAAGGGGAAACACGCUGCAAGAGUUCGGUGACGUGACGUAUUCUUCUCUCGCCCAUGACGAGGUGGAGAUGCAAGGUUGGGGGGAAAGGGGAGGGGGAUCUAACGACGAUGCCAGAAAUUGUGGCGACUGACUUGUGACAAUGACGACUGUUACAGACGAGAGGCGUACGAGACCAGUGGUGGUGUGAGCUGUGGCUGAAAACCUUGUCAGUUCAACCAUGUUCACUUCACCAAGACGAUGUGAAGGUGAAUACCAGGUAGUGAAAGUGAAAGUGUUAAUACAGAGGCUGUGUAGGUGUCUGUCUGUAUGAAGUCUUCAGUAACAUGUCCUUGUAGUAACGUCACUAGCAAUGUUACUGUCGGUAUCUACCUGUCCCUAUAGUUACGUCACUAGCAAUGUUACUGUCGGUAUCUACCUGUCCCUAUAGUUACGUCACUAGCAAUGUUACUGUCAGUAUCUACUUGUCCUUAUAGCUACGUCACUAGCAAUGUUACUGUCGGUAUCUACCUGUGUUUAAAGCUACGUCGCUAGCCCUGUUACUGUCAGCAUCUACCUGUCCCUAUAGUUACGUCACUAGCCCUGCUACUGUCAGCAUCUACCUGUCCCUAUAGUUACGUCACUAGCCCUGUUACUGUCGGUAUCUACCUGUCCCUAUAGUUACGUCACUAGCAAUGUUACUGUCAGCAUCUACCUCAGCUGCAGGCUGGUUCACGGGGUGGGGUGUGGUAGGGUGUGGUAGGGUGGGGUGGGGUGGGGCGGUGGUUUGUACAAGGAAGUGUGCGCUGACUGAUGUCAUCGUUGAACACUCGCUGGCGUCGUCAGUGAUGACAUUUUGCAGACACGUCUUGCCGUCUAGAGGCUGCGGGCAGAUGAGGAGCAGUGGUGCAGGUGUUGUACAUACACCACGUGCGGCGCAGCGUGCAGGGGUAGACAGGGGGAGACAGGGGGUCACUAGCAGUGGGUUGGGGUACACCGCACCACGUUGCCGCGCAGUUCAUUCUUGGCUGUCGUUCCUUUGGAGAGGGUCAGAAGGAUGCAAAGGUCUUUAUUAACUGUGCAAUAUGUGAGACAACCGUGCAUCGCAUGCUCUCUCUCUCUCUUUCUCUGUCAUACUCUGUUUCUUUUGCUCGCACUUUAUCAUUCCCUUUCAUUUUUUCUCUCUCCUUAUAUGUCUGACAUUCUCUUAUUCUUGUCUUACUUUUCCUCUUUCUCGCUCGCUCAUUUCUUGCCCUUUCUUUUUCAUUCACUCUAACUCUGUGUGUGUGUGAGAGACCGUGAUGACCAAAGACGGGAGUGAGUGUUGUUGUUGUUGUUGUUGUUGUUGUUGUUGUUGUUGUUGUUGUUGUUGUUGUUGUUGUCGUCGUCGUCGUCGUCCAGGACAGUGUUCUCACAGUCAAAGGUCUGUACCUAGACUUGUUGUCACCUCGCUGCUGUGUAAAGUCGCCCCAUGCCACGUGCUGUGUAAAUAUUCAGUAAACAACUGGCAUACAACUAGCAUGUACCGCAUGAUGUUUUACUGUGUAUAUUUUGUUUGCACUUAUGCAAGAUUUUGCUCAAUGUAUCCGUGAUUUUUUUCCCAAAUGUUAAUAAAGAUUUGCGAUUC